AUGAUCCUAAGAUUUCUCAUUAAAGUUUCAUUUAUUAUAGCCUCUUUAGUUGUGCUAACUACCAAUAUAUACAUAUACACAUAUCCUUCAGUUCAUCCAACUAAAUGUUUUUGGCACUGCAAUGAAUUAGACUUUUUACCUUAUAGAGUUAAGGAUGCAUCGAAAAUCGAACUAGCGUUAUAUUAUUCAUACCGAUAUAUUAAAGACGUUACAAAACAGAUGAUACUAAAAAGAUAUGAUGAAGAAACUGUUAAUAAGACUAAUGAAAUUCGUUUAUUAGCAUUUGGCGAUCCUCAAAUCAAAGGUAAUUCAGAAUCCACACCUUAUAGAACACGUUUGGAUACUUUUGGAAAUGAUUUCUAUUUGGGUCACAUUUUUGAUACGAUGGUUAGAAGAUUAAAUCCAACGCAUGUGGCUGUUAUGGGAGAUCUUUUCUCAUCCCAAUGGAUCGAUGAUUCUGAAUUUUAUAAUAGGACAAGCAGAUAUAUGAGGAGAAUUUUUAAAAGGAAUACCGACAUUUUGUUUGACAUAAAUAAUGAAAGUCAUGAUGAAAAUGGUCAAUAUCAAGUUAAUACUGAAAAAUGGAUUGAAAGUAAGAACUUAUUUUCUUAUGAGUUUGAGAAUAUUGACGAAUCAACGCCAAUUGAUAAUGAAUUUGGUUAUGAAGAUUUGUAUUCCUGGGAUGAAGACUCCGAUCCUACUAAAGACAGUUAUCUAUUCAUUAAUACUACUGGUAAUCAUGAUAUUGGAUAUUCAGGUGACAUAACUUACGAGCUUCUUGCAAGAUAUAAUGAGAUGUUUGGAAAGGAUAAUUAUUGGGUAGAAUACAACAAAGGGAAGGACAAUGCUUGGAGGAUUGUUGUAUUAAAUACACUAUUAUUAGAUGGACCUGCAUAUUGCCCAGAAUUAUUAGAUAAUACUUGGGAGUUUUUGUAUCAAGUACACGAUAGAAAUUUCUCUGGAAGUACGGUUUUGAUUACUCAUGUUCCAUUUUACAAACCUGAAGGAAUAUGUGCUGACGGUCCCCAGUUCACUUAUUAUGACGAUGAAAUGUUGAGAUCUCAAAAUCACAUUAGUGAAGAGAAUACUAAUGAAGUAUUUGAUUUAAUUUUUGAUAAUGGUAAAUCUGGUAUCAUAUUAACAGGUCAUGACCAUAUGGGUUGUGAAACCUACUAUGACCGAAAAUUAAGUGACAAUUCUUGGGUACCUCAUGCAGGCAAAUUACUCAAUUACAAUAAUGUAAUAAGGGAAAUAACAGUUAAAUCGAUGAUGGGUCAGUAUAAAGGUAACACUGGUGUAGUGACUGGAAAAUUUGACCAAGCAAAUAGAACUUGGUCUUGGCAUUAUUCCACUUGCCCUUUUACCAAUGAGCACGCAUGGUGGAUUGCCAAAGGUUCAUUGGUUGUGUGGAGCAUCAUAUUUUCAAUUUUUAUUUUAGUUUAA